AUGAGAGACGAUACCAGAGGCGAUGAAGCCAGCUCCGGCGGCUUCGACUUCUCCUCGAACUUAGAUGCAAUUCUCCAACACCGGGUUCAAAGGAAGUCGGCUGCUCGAUGGGCGAGAAAUCUGAGAUUCCUCACAUUUGCUGGUGAUGAGAUUCACACAGACGCCAAAGUUUCAGAGGGAUCCGACUCAACGAAAGAAGUGCACUGGGGCCGAUGUACUCGCUGUGAACUGCGAACUCCGCCUGCGGCAGGACACAUAUGUGCUACCCAUGCUCAAUCCAAUAACACCGACAUAAAGACAUACGAGAAGCGGGCCAAAGAGUAUACUGAUCCUUGCAUACAUGUGGAAGAUGCGUCUUGUGAAGAGUGUAUGCAGAUACCCCUCUUUCCAAAUCAUGGUAAGGCGACGAAUUUCCGCAUCAGAAGGCUCAAACCAAAGGGCACGAGGCCGUCUGAAUUAGGGAUCUGCACUCACUUUGUGGCUGUCUCCUACUGUUGGUCCAGCGCAAGCGCUCGAAAGUCAAGUGAGUCUAGCACGGAGGGCAAACAGUAUCAGGUCCUUGAGGAAGAUAUGAAAACAGAGCGUCCCAUACGCGCUCCAAAAGAUACCAUUGAUCGAGCAGUGAGCUUCGCCGCCCAGAAUGGAUAUCGAAUGAUUUGGAUCGACCAGGAAUGCAUCGAGCAGGACAACGAGAAUGAGAAAGAGCUGGGUAUCCAAGCGAUGGACUUUGUGUAUGUCAAUGCGCAGAUUUCCAUUGGUUUGUUGCAAGCAACACUCGAACAACGCCAUCUUGACGCUCUGCUACUAUUUUUCGAAUGGAAGAUUGGGUCGGGUAUGCGACGUCGUGGACCUCGCCCACUCAAACAGUGUCGAAGUCUCCGAAUAAAGAACCUUGCUGAAGCUUUGAGCAUGAUUGCAAUGGACAGAUGGAAUACGCGGGCAUGGAUUCUCCAAGAAGCCUUCGCGUCAGGUGGUAACAUGAUUCUUUUAUUCCCUCGAGCAAAGGAGACGGCUGUCAGAGGCUGGAGUCUGAUCUGCCACGAUCUGUCUCUCACCGAAAUUGGCAUCAAGCUUGACAUACUACAGAGGUGUAUUAAGCAAUCCGUUGGCCUCUUCACCCCCAAGCCUGACAGCAGUAUCCCCAUCAAGCUUCCGGAAUGGAUAGAGGCCUUGAAACGUCUCACGUGGUUCCAGCCCGAGACAAGCACUCGGCACAUGUUCAAUUUCUGGAUCAAUGAUGCCAAGCCUAGACGCACAUGCAAUGCCGCUGUGGCGAUGUCCUUUUUGAAGCACCGAGACAAUGAUCGUGUAGCCGACAGACUGGCCAUACUUGCAAACCUAUGCGAUUAUAGUCUGCGGCUGAAUACUGUGGAACUAGAGAAGUCUCAGGGUCGUCUGAGCGUCUGUGUUCUUGCACUGGCUAUAGCAAACGGAGAUUUUUCAUUGCUCUCACCAGAGUCAUACCAUAUUCCUCGUGGAUUGGACGUCACCCGGAACAAAGGCGACAAGAAAUUUACCUGGGUUCCUCCCAACGUGACGCAGCUCCAGUAUAUCAGAUCGAGGACUGCCGAUGCUGGAGGAGCGACUCCCGGCCGAGUCUCCCCCGUCUCUUACCGGGUAACAAACGAAGGGCUCUCAAUCCGGGGUUCCAUGUGGAAGAUCGAUCGUUUUGUUGAACUGCCGUCUAUAAGACACAAGUACAAAGAGUCCUGGGCCAGGCUGUGGCGCCCGAGUACAAGGAUCGAGGAGCAGUCCUUGGAGAUAAGUGUAGCAGAGGCCGUAUGGCAUUCUGUGACGAAUGCCGAUUGGAGAAAAGAGAGAUUUCUGGAAUCCGUCGCCGAGUUCCCGGAGCAACUGACAGUUGAGAAGCGUAAGGGUAUGUUCCGUUUAGAACAAAGCACGGAUGGAUCUCUUGAGCACAAGUGGUUGAUUGAUAGGAUCAUGCUCCAAGGAGGCCUAUGGAUUGGCCGACGGGUGCGACUUUCUACCGAUCAUGAAUCCAGUGAUGGGACACCCUGUGGAUAUGGCGAGAGUGACGCCGUGUCUGGCGAGGAUCAAGUCAGCUGUGCUACCCAGGAUCAACGGCUGGAAGACAAGUUCCGCUCUCCUGCUCAGGAGCAUACAGCACCGAACAUAGAGGCGCCUAGAGCUGUAUCAGCUUUUCAAGCUGAUGACGUCGCCAGAGAAGCAGGUCAGCCAUCUCCUCUGGCGUCCGUUGAUGGGUCUAUGGUCCCGGCAACCCCGCACUCCGGAAUCAAAUUGUUUGACUCUCUUCGCGAAUCAGAGAAAGCCCCUAAAACCCAUUCUGACUAUCAAUCCACGCUUUCCAUGAUGAUGAAAAUGCACGAUCACAUGGCAAUUACGAAGGAUGACAGUGAGGGAGAGGUCGAUGACCCUACCGAUCCCGAUAAGGCCUUCAGGUUCUUACCGGAGAAUUUAGCAGACUUCGUUGCAUUGAUAAACAAUAUGGAUGGUAGGAAUUCUCAGACGUCUCUUCGGCAACAGCGCGCAGUCUUCGACAUCGAGGGCGACAUGUCAGGACAGGUUUUGAUACUGACCCCUUUCCAAAAGCGGUUGGAGACGCUACCUCGGCCUGAGACUCGGAGUCUGAGCGUGUCUUGGGUGGUGCAACCUGUUUCAAAUCUUGUCGGAUCCAAAGACAGUCGAAGAUCAGAACUCUUUGGAAAUGUCGAAACGCUGAAAACCUCAGGGAUGGUUCGUGGAAUGUGGAAAUAUAUGGUGCAACCUGAGGACGGAUACAAUCUAGUAUAG